AUGUACAUGGGAUUUGAACUUCCUCGGGAUAAGAUCAAACCUCAGAUUUCUUCACAUUUAACAGAUGAAGAGCAACAUUGGGAGACAUUUGUAGAGUCAGGGCAAGUGGAAGACAUCAUCAUCAUCAUCAACACCAUCAUCGAACUUUCCAGGCUGCACCUCUUAUUUGUGGUGCUCCAAGGCAGACCAUGUAAGAUUGUGGAGAUGUCUACCUCCAAGACCGGCAAGCAUGGCCACGCCAAGGUCCACCUGGUUGGUAUUGACAUCUUUACUGGGAAGAAAUACGAAGAUAUCUGCCCAUCAACUCAUAAUAUGGAUGUCCCCAACAUCAAGAGGAAUGACUUGCAGCUGAUUGGCAUCCAGGGUGGGUAUCUAUCACUGCUCCAAGACAGCGGGGAGGUGCGAGAGGACCUUGGCCUCCCUGAGGGAGAUCUUGGCAAGGAAAUUGAGCAGAAGUACGACUGUGGAGUAGAGAUCCUGAUCCCAGUGCUGUCUGCCAUGACAGAGGAGGCAGCUGUUGCAAUCAAGGCUAUGGCAAAAUAACUGGCUCCCAGGGUGGCGGUGGUGGCAGCAGUGAUCCUCUAGCCUGCAGAGGCCCCCUCCCCCAGCCUGGCCCGGCCCAGCCAGGCCCUUGGCUGGAUUCCUACACAAUUUAUUUGACGUUUUAUUUUGGUUUUCCCCACACCCCAAACUGUCGGAGGGUCCUUUCUGUUUACCCUGCUCCCUUGGCCAGGAGUGAGUGAGCUGUGGCCUUGGCGACGCUGCCCUCCUCUUCUCCCCUCGCACUACAGCCCUGGUGGGGGAGAGGAGUGGGUGCUGCUUGUGGUUUAUUUUUAGCUGGAUUUUUUUCCUUUUUUUCUUUUUUUUUAAAUUCAGUCUGGAAUCAGAAUGCUGCGGAUUCUGGCAAAUGGUCCUUGUAAUAAACUUUACCC